UAAGACUAGUAAUGGUGAAAGUGUUCAGUUCUUAUAAGAUAUAGACUUCUAGAGUCGCAAUUCAUAAAACUUCAGUUAUAUUCAAUAUGGAUUUGGCUUCUUCUUUUAUUUGUUUCCUUCUAUCUCUACUUCUGAUCUUAGUUCAGGCAAAGGGAUCAAGAAAUGAUUCAACUUGUCCAAAGUCCUUUUCAUGUGGAAAUUUUACUGACCUGAGAUUUCCUUACUCUCUUUCCACACAACCUCACUGUGGAAUAAUGACCAUGUAUGGUUGUGAUGCUAAACCAUUUCCGAAAAUCCGACUGAUUCCUGAAGGAGAUUGGUACUAUGCUUUAGAGAAGCAUAGUUCAUCAGUUUGGAUUGGGGACAUGAAUCUUAAAACAACGUUGACGCAACAUAAGUGCCAGGCUUUUAACAAAAAUUUCUCCCUUCCAAACUCUCCUUCUAUUUCUUUCAAUAUGAUUAAUAUUAACAACUUCUUCAAAUGCAUCAGUACCAGUAAUAAUGCCCUUAACAUUACUCACAAGAUAAACGGUUAUUUUGCUGGUUAUAAAAUGUACAGUGGCUGUGAAGGCUUUAGCAUAUACUACAACCUUUCCCGAAAUAGUGAUGAAUACAUAGAAGCACACAAUCUUCCUACCAAUUGCUCACUUAUCAGAUUGCCAAUUUAUUCCAGGGAUGGGGAUGAUGAUUUGUUUAACAUGUUAGGUCCCGAAAUUCUAGUAGAAUGGAAACUGUCCGAUGACUGUAACAAAUGUAACUAUGGUGGAGGUCAAUGCCAGACUGAUAAAACCAACAAAUUUCAUUGUCACAAAGAUGCAAAAACACCUACAAGUAGAACCGAUCAAAGAAAAGAAACAACUGGAAGAAAUAUGGUGAAGCUGAUUCUGAGCACAGUCUUUGGUGGAGUAGGAUCGGUGAUCAUAACUUCUAUAGUUAUAUACUUUAUUUGGCGUUACAAGAAGAGGAAAUUUAGUUCAUCCCACUUCUUCUCGACAAGGAAAUUGUCAGAUAUCUUUAAUCAUGAUGUUGAGGGAGGCAGUAUAUACUUUGGUGUCCCAGUCUUCUCUUAUUCAGAACUUGAAGAAGCCACAGAUAAUUUCAAUUCCUCUAGAGUACUUGGAAAUGGAGGUUACGGAACUGUUUACUAUGGAAAACUUAAAGAUAGACGGGAGAUUGCUGUAAAGCGCCUCUACGAGCACAACUUCAAGCGAAUGGAGCAGUUUGUAAAUGAAAUUGAUAUCCUUACUAGACUAAGGCACAACAAUCUUGUCACCCUCUAUGGCUGCACUUCAAGGCGAAGCCGUGAACUACUACUUGUCUAUGAAUAUAUUCCUAAUGGUACUCUUGCUGAUCACCUUCAUGGUGACAUAGCGAAGGAUGGAUCACUUACCUGGCCAAUCCGCAUGAACAUUGCCGUAGAAACUGCUGGUGCAUUGGCUUACCUGCAUUCUUCUGAUGUAAUACACUGCGAUGUGAAGACUAAUAACAUACUCCUUGAUCACAACUUUAGUGUUAAAGUUGCAGAUUUCGGGAUUUCAAGACUCUUCCCAAAUGACGUCUCUCAUAUUUCAACUACACCCCGGGGUACCCCUGGCUAUAUCGAUCCAAAGUAUCACGAAUGUUACCAGCUGACUUGUAAAAGCGAUGUCUAUAGCUUCGGGGUGGUACUUGUUGAGCUCAUUUCAUCAAUGCCAGCUGUGGAUAUGAACAGGCAGAGCCAAGAGAUCAAUUUGGCCAACUUUGCAAUAAACAAGAUCAUAAAAUCUGCAGUUAACGAGUUGAUUGAUCCAUCCCUGGGGUUCGAUUCAGAUACCAAGACUCGGGAAAUGACUACUUCAGUGGCAGAGCUGGCUUUUCUUUGCUUGCAGACAGAUAGGGAUGUGAGGCCUACUAUGGUUGAAGUUUUGGAUACUCUAAAGGAGAUUCAGACUAAUUUCAAUGCCAAUGAAUCAGAAGAUAUUUUCGUGUUGAAGAAAGUUAAAUCACUACCUUCUCCUAAUUCUGUGACUGAUAAAUGGAUUACUUGCUCUGAUAUAACUAUUACAAUGUAGUUAAGAUUUCUAUACUCCUUUCUUUGUUAAUUUUAUGUAAAUUUUGGAAGACUGCAAAUGUCCUACUGUGAGAAGUUUCUUGAGCUAUGUAUCUACUAGUGGAAGUGAUUCAGUUUUUAAUUUCAUUAUAUAAGAGCUUGUGUUUUAUACACUGGCAGUUUAAGAACUUUUUAAUUGAGAA